AUGUAUUCUAGUGGGUUCUUUCAGUUUGCUGAAGUUGGUUGGAUUCGCGCUUCCAAAGUUCUUCGCAGUAUUCUCCUGUUCAAUGCGGAUUCCUUGACAGGAUUGACGUUGCUAUCCAAAAGCUAUGGAAGAGCAAGGAGUGCCGCCAGCUUUUUACCUAGAGGACCAAUAUUGAAAAACUUGGCUUAUGCAAUUGAACCUAGGGCUGCAGAGUAUUGUUCAAAAAUAAAAAGACUGCUUAGAUUAACUCUCUCCCCGACAGGCCUGCCUCCUAAACAAACUCAUUUAGCUAACACUAUUAUUUGUGGUUCCUUCUCAGAUUUUAAGAAGGAAUUGAGAGCUCUGAAUAGGGAGCUGCAGCUUCACAUUCUGGAGCUUGCUGAUAUUCUUGUUGAGAGGCCGUCACAAUACGCAAGGAGGGUGGAAGAAAUAUCCCUAAUAUUCAAAAACUUACACCACCUGCUUAAUUCAUUGCGACCACAUCAGGCUAGAGCAACGUUGAUUCAUAUACUAGAACUUCAGAUAGAGCGGCGUAGACAAGCUGUUGAGGAUAUAAAAAGGAGGAGAGAAGAAGCACAAAGAUUACUCAUGGAGUCCCUUGAAACUUUGGAUGGACACUAGUACUAGCUCUUUAAUCAGUGUUGACUUCAGAAAGUACAAGUCUUGUCCAUGCUGAAUGUUUCAAACUCGAGAUCCUCAUAUCCAACUGCACCAACUGAAUUCAUCGGUUCGGUUCGGUCAGUUCUAAAGCAACACUGUGGUGCAUCGAUGACGUGUCUAGGUAAUUCUUAAGUAUAACAUCUUCCAAUCUGUGCAAGAUCCAGAAGGGACGACAACCUCCUAUUGUGAUUACUUGAGCAGAUUGUCAAUGUGUGGAAUGUAAUUAAUUGAACUAACUACUUUGUUAGCUUUAAUCCACUGGUCGAGUGUAGUGACUACGAAACGUACUUGAAAAAAUCGGUUCUAUAGAUUGUACGAUUUAGAAUUCUCGAUGGCAAGAAGAGUGACUAUGACUAUGAGACUUUGGGAGGAAUUAAUGUUGUUAUUGCGUCUCUGGCUUUCUCUCACAGUGCAUUAUUAUUUGAAAUACAACGUUGCGCCAGGCUGUGGGAUGCAGCAAAAACGAUGGAGACAAUGAUAACUUUCCAAUGUUUAAUUUGUUUGGUCAA